UAAUACUAUCCAACUCUUAUUCGAAUGCGAAAACAAAACCCAAGAUGUCAUUCUAGGAGAAGAUGCUGGCAGUGAAAAUGUAGGACUGUGUGCUGUUGGAAAUGGCAAAGAGUUAUAUUCUGCCGAGGUAAAAAUUAGAGGUCAAGAAAUUGUUAAGUUGCUAUCUACUAGAAGACAAAUGAGGAGGGUAAGGAGAAGUCAAGCCCACAAAAGAUUAAUUGCCGAAGUUCAUAAAAUACUGCCAAUCAGUAAAGUAAUAAUAGAAGUAGCAUCCUUUGACAUCCAAAAGAUUAAAAAUCCUAUCAUAAAAGGCAAAGAAUACCGACAAGGAGAAAUGUAUGGAUGGGAAAAUAUAAGGCAGUAUAUUUUAUUUAGAGAUAAGUAUCAGUGUCAAGCAAAGAAGACUUGUAAGAAUAAAAAUUUCGAAGUAAACCACAUCGAAACUCGUAUGACUGGUGGCAAUGCUCCUAAUAAUCUUAACUUGCUUUGUAAAGAGCAUCACCAAGAUUACACUGAUGGAAAAUUGAAAAAGAAAUUUGUGAGAGGUGAAAGUUAUAAGCAUCAAACUUUUAUGAAUACAAUGAGGUGGAAAUUAUUCAAGGAAUUGAAAGCAAUUUAUCCCAAUAUUUCUUUAACUUAUGGAUAUAUAACUAGUAUUGUAAGAAAAGCAAAUAAACUACCUAAAUCUCACCGGAAUGAUGCCUUAUGUAUUGGUGGAAAUCCCAAGGUAGAAAGAUUAGAUAACUAUUUGCAAAUUAAGCAAGUGAGAAAGAAAAAACGAAACCUAGCAGAGGCAACUUUUCAGAAAGAACACAUUAGGAGAAAACUGAAUGCUAAGCAGAUUGUUAGAAAAGAAGGAUUAUGA